GUCGUAAUUGGUAAUUAAUGUUAAUUAAUGAAUGAGAAAGUAAAAUUUUGCAAAUUCGUUUUUUGACAAUUGACAGUGACACUUGACCUCCUUGUGUGCCUUUGAUUGGCUUUGAACGUCGUCUGCCGUGAUAAUAAUAUUGACAGUAAAAGGAACACGCAGUUUUUGAAAUUUCUUCAUGUCAAUUGACAUUUGACUUAACCUCAAAAAAAAUCAAAAAUUUCGUUUUUUGUUGAUUUUGGGCAUGUCAUCGCCCCUUGUGUGCCUCCCGGGGCAGCGGCUGUGCCUGUCGGACCCCUCGCACGUGUCCGGUCAAGGCACGUACGAGCGUGGGGGCUACAUCUACGCCACCCUUGCCGGUGUUGUGGACAUUGUCCCCAAAGACAACGUCCAGAUCAUUGAAGUGCGCAGUUCCGGGCAGGAAACGCUCGUGCCGUCACAGGGCGACAUCGUCACAGCGCAAAUUCACACAAUCACGCAGCAGUUUUGCAAAUGCUACAUUAAGUGUGUCGGGGAUAAGGUUUUGGGGCGGCAGUAUCGCGGGAUUUUGCGGAAGGAGGACGUGCGAGCGACGGAGAAGGACCGCGUGGAGAUUUACAAGAGUUUCAGGCCCGGGGACGUGAUUCUGGCGAGGGUUUUGCCGAUCACGGAAGCUCACACUUAUCAGUUGUCCACGGCUGAGAAUGAGCUGGGGGUCGUGACGGCGCACUCGGAACAUGGGGGGCUUAUGGUGCCUGUGAGCUGGACGGAGAUGCAGUGCUCCAAGACGUUUGUGAAGGAGGCCAGGAAGGUUGCAAGAGUUGUGCCAGAAAGCGUGCAAAAUGAUGUGAAAUAAUGUUCAAUAAAUUGUAUUUUUGUUUAUUUUAAUAAACCCUUUUGCGUCCCUUAAAA